ACGAGGACGUUAGUGGAACGUCGUUUCUACGGCCCCGUCUCGAUUCGGAUUCAGUUGUUAGUUUGUUUUUGGUAGUGGUCAAGCCAUAGCACGCGUUCUCUUCAAUUUUUGGCUACCGCCGAAUUAUUUAUACAUAAUAACCUUUGUGUAGUUCUAGAUAGAAAAAAGGGAACUUUGAACUUUUGUCGGCAUAAAAUUAAAAUCUUAAUUGUACGUAACAUCAUCAUAAUACGCGGUUUAUGUUUUGGGUGUUCCUUUUUAUUUCUUUGUUGGUGGGUUAAGUGAAUCGUAAUUAUUAGAAUUGGUUUUUAGAUUGGUGAAUAAAAACGGUGACUUUUUAUACAUUUAAUGCCAAAUUAAUCUUGCAACGGAAUAGACGGAUAUGUGUGGUUGAUAAAUUAAUAUCCAUUUAAACAAUUUUGAAGUUUUUCAUAUAUCUACGAAAUCAUUGUUGGAAAAUUAAACAAAAGUGUUGUGGAAUAUAUAAACUUAAAAUUUGUUUAAUAAAAGUUUAGAGUGAUUCUCCCAAUUCGAAGAAAUCGCUUAAACAUCACACCAGCAGCCCCCAACCCAAAACAAAAACCUAUUGUGUAUCUAUCAUCUCUGCAAGUUGCCUUAAAUAGUCAAUAACAAUAAAAUUUGGAUCGCGCAUAAAAUCCAUCACCCAACAGAAACAAAUUUUAUUACCUUCCCCGAUUGAAGUGGAAAGAUUAAAUACUUAGCCCCAUCAAAACAUCAUCAACUAUUUAAUCAGAGCUAUCAAAUCUCAAGGGAGAGUGCGAGAGCGCAACAUUAUAGGUCACCUCCGUUUGCCGCCCUAAAAACCAUGCCACAUACAGGACAGGCCGGUGUGAAUCAAUUGGGCGGCGUUUUUGUCAACGGACGCCCACUGCCGGACUGUGUUCGUCGGCGUAUUGUUGAAUUAGCUUUAAUGGGCGUCCGACCAUGCGAUAUAUCACGGCAAUUACUGGUUUCGCACGGUUGUGUAUCGAAGAUUUUGACACGAUUCUAUGAAACUGGUUCUAUUAGGCCCGGAUCGAUUGGUGGCAGUAAGACAAAGCAAGUGGCGACCCCUACCGUGGUGAAGAAGAUUUUACGCUUCAAGCAGGAGAAUCCCGGAAUGUUUGCAUGGGAAAUUCGAGACCAGCUGUUGCAGCAGAGGAUUUGUGAUCCUAAUUCGAUUCCUUCGGUCAGUUCGGUGAAUAGGAUUCUGCGGAAUGGGGGACUCUGGACGGAUGAGAUGACUUCGAACGAGCAGAAUGCCAUCAUGCAUGAGAGUUACUUGAAACAGCAUAUUUAUGCGACGAAUGGAAAUACUGUGACAGCUGACCCGAGUGCAGUUGUGGCUGCAGCUGUUGCCACCACGACUUCGUUAACACACCCGCCAGUGUCAUGGAGAGUCAGUUCGCGGAGUGACCUUCCCAUAAAACCCGCGGCAACACUUCCAGUCUCGAGUUCCAGUAGCGCAACUUCACCUCAAUUAUCCGCGCAAGAUCUGACGUACGUCCAACAGCAGCAGAUCUCAUCGUUCCCCAAGCACUGGCUGUGGAAUCCAUCGCUGCUCUAUUCCACCCAACGGAUGCACGAAGCGGGCUUCUUCCCAUACGCCCAUGCCCAGUUUCCAGGCUAUUUCCAUGGAAGUGGUGGAGUCACCAAAUCGGAGAGUUCAAUUGAUCUGACAACUGGAAGUGGUGGUGGAAGUGACCCACUGAGUGAUUGUGAUUCGGGUAAAUCAUCACCAUCAACAUCGACCAUAAGUACACCUAUGAUCAAUGGAAGUACCAAGUUGAAUUCAAGAAAGAGAAAUCCCUAUUCGAUAGAAGAACUCCUCAAGAAACCUGAAAAGAGGCUCAAAUUGCAAAUGGAGGCAGAAGCAAAAAGUGAUGAAUUUGUUGUUGCAGUUGACGAUGAAGAUGAUGAAGAUCAAGUGAAGUUAGAGGAGAAUGUUGAAGUUGUCAACUAAGAGUUAUGUUUUCUGGCAUAACAAUUUUAUGUUAUGUUUUUUAUGUUUCCUUUAUCAAUUCCAAUGCCAGUGAGAUAGAUAUAUGAAUGAUUAAAGUGUAGUUAAAAACCUAUUUAUUUGAAUGUAAAGUAGAAUUUAAUUUGUAUAUAGUGAAAUUUAUUAUCGAUUGUAUU